GGGGGUGAGAGGUCUAGUGACAGCGGUUCCAAUUAAAAUCAUGGGUGUUUCGUGAACCGGACAGAUGUAGUUAUUUUCCCUCUCUCCAUCUCGGGUCUAGUGAGUGCACAACUUUAAAAGAAACGGGCUGGAAAUCCGACUCCACCCCACUGCAGGAAGUAGGCUUGUUUGGAGACUUCUUGACCUGUUAAGAUUUACACAUUGCCAAACUUUUUGGUGUAGGGAUCUGAGAAGGCAAAGAGUGAACUUCCAGGUAAUUGCGCAGUGUUGAGCUCCACGUCGUUGCUCAAGAUAAGCUGCGGUGGGCGCGUACUCGCUCACAUGAACAGCGCGUUGCAGGCCAAGUCCAGCAUCUAGGCGGUACGCACAGCCGCCAGGUGCUCACAGGCCAGCCCAAUCCGCGGAGCUGUUCUUGCGAGCCAGUAACUGACUCCACCCACAAGCCUCGUUAAGACUUUUAACUGUCUGCUCUCUGUGACUAUGCAGCAAGCUUGCUCGGAAAAAGUAGCUUUGGGCAGCCUAGGUUAGGCUUUUUGAUUGGGUGUAAGCAAAGUAAUGAAAUAGCCAAUGAAAAUGCAAACCUGAUAGUGUCAUUUACAAUCGCGUUUGUGACGACAUACUGAGAUAAUCCAAUCGUAAGCUAAAUUUUAUUAACUUUAUUUGAAUACCGCGUCUAUAAAUAAAUGCGAUCUCGCCGGGAUUGAUUAUUCUCCUAUGUGUUGGUGAUACUGUUUAACUUUUAACGCUACGAUGCCCGAACCUACCAAGUCUGCUCCGGCACCGAAGAAGGGCUCCAAGAAAGCGGUGACCAAGGCGCAGAAGAAGGAUGGCAAGAAGCGCAAGCGAAGUCGCAAGGAGAGCUACUCGGUUUACGUGUACAAGGUGCUGAAGCAGGUCCACCCGGAUACCGGCAUCUCGUCCAAGGCCAUGGGCAUCAUGAACUCGUUCGUCAACGACAUCUUCGAGCGCAUUGCUGGUGAGGCGUCUCGCCUGGCGCAUUACAACAAGCGCUCUACCAUCACUUCCAGGGAGAUCCAGACGGCAGUGCGCCUGCUGCUGCCUGGGGAGCUGGCCAAGCACGCUGUGUCCGAGGGCACCAAGGCCGUCACGAAGUAUACCAGUUCUAAGUAAACCUUCCAAGUCUGCAGGUUGAUGCUGACGUUGAUCCUCUUAACGACUGGAUGGAUUCUAGGUGAUGAGUGCUCACUAUGAGCGCGAAGGGGCAUGCUCUUGACAACUUUGUUCGGCUCAGAACCCUUUAAAAAAAAAUUUCCUUUUAUCAUCCAAAUAUGUAUUACUGAAAAAGGCUGAAGACAAUGUGAAUUUUCACAGAAAUAUUACAAACGGUUUCCUAACUAGUUUGCCUGCUUUGCAGUUUGGCCAAUUUCUGCUGGAGGCUCUGAGCAGGCUAAUGAGAGUGGAAGAGGAGGAGUCUAAUGCUGUUUAAAAGGGACGGAGAAAGAGGAAGGGGAAGGAGUCAGGUCUCUCAUUUAUAGGGUUUGACUCCAAAGGAAGCCAAAAUCGCAGAGUCAGUUUAAAAGCUCUCCAGGUAACAAGACAGAAGUCUGAUACUCCAUAGUUGAAGAUGUCUGAGUGUGGUCAGGCAAUCGUCAUCUCAGGACUGAGGCCUUCUUUUCAGUACCAUUCAACCUUUCUCAGAUCCCCUGAGUGUCAAGGAAGUCGAUGUAGAAAGGAAAAGAAAGCCUCUUCUGACAGGAUAUAGCUUCUGGUGUGCAAGGCAGGCUGGCAUGAAGGGUUUUUACUGUUAGCACAUGAAUUUAUGCGGGGAAAAUAAAUCUAAAAAAAGAGGUUGGAGGAAUUCGAAAAGAGUGAUCGGGAUGGAAGGAACCAAUGGCUCAGAGUUUGACAAGAUAAUUGUGAGGUGGAUGAGGCUGGGCUUGGAGUGAAGUGCUUAUGGAGAUGGAGAAUUUGGUUAAAGUGGAUGCUAGCAGAAGUAGGAAUGAAUUCAGCAAUUCUAGUGUCCUGGCAACUUCCCAAAUAAGCAUGGAUUCAUGCACUAUGGGGAUAGAUUUUUCAUAAUAUGGUGAGGUUGAUACCUGGAUAGACAAUUAAAAUCCUGGAUAGUUCUGUUUUUUAAUUCUUAAAAGCACCAAAGAGCUGCUAAGAAAGUAAGGAAUCUGGCCUAGGGAUUUGACUCACAUGAAGCCUCCAGUACCACACCUGGCUUUCACCCAAACACGAGCUUUGGCUUUUCAGGUGUUACAAGAAAUCUGUCCAUGGUGAGGAGCCUGAUAAGAAAUCUUUCUCUGUGAAGCUCAGAUACCAGACCAAAAGCUACAUCCUCAGAAGAUAAACUAGAAAUAACUAUCCACCCAUAGACACACAAAAACACAUUUAACCACAGGUGAUUGUAAAGAAAAGUUUACAUACUGCGGGCUUUCAUACCACAGGAAUUCAAAGAACCCAAGCUAGUUCUGUGCCCCUGUGCACCUGGUAGAAGCAAACACAAUCUCUGGAGGAAACAGCUUUAUUUUAGGCCUCAACAAAUCUCCACAGAUAAAAUAUCAAGGACAAUGACUGAGCAGCAUCACAAUCAAAAUUAACCACACACUAUGAAACAAGACACUGUGACCAAGAGCAGCAAGAACAACUGACAACAGAAACAAAAGAAGAAAAGGGAAUUAUCAAAUACAAAUUUCAAAUAACUAUUAUCUUUAAAAAAAAUGUUCAAAAUAUGUUCAGGAACCAAGAAAAUACAAAGAAUGACAAGAAC